AUGGGAAGGGAGGAAGAAGAGAGGGAAGGGAAACAUGCAAAAAAUGAGGCUGACGAGAAGACGGGGGCAGCCCUGGCAUUUGUGAUAGGGAGUGCAAAGGAGAGGGGCAACGACGUCUUUUGGGGAAAUGAAGCGGAAAUAGAAAUAGCCGACGCCAGCAGCCACAGAGAGAGCAGAGCAGGAAAGGUGGAUUUCUUCUCCAGCGAGCUAGCUAGCGUGAUCAAAAUCAAAAUGGCUGUAUUGAACCUCAAUCUCUGUCUUCCUCCUAAGCAUCCCGUGAGUGGGGUUGCCUCUUGCGUCUCGUCUCCUCUGCAUACCCUGGUCAUGCCCCGCGCCCCUCGCCUCCCUCGUGUUGCUUCCCCUCUUCCUCUCACCGUUCGCGCCAGCUUCGAUACCGCUUCCGCUACCGUGGGCCAGGUCACCGAGGUUACCAAGGACACCUUCUGGCCCAUUGUUCGUUCCGCCGGUGAUAAGACCGUCGUCCUUGACAUGUAUACUCAAUGGUGUGGUCCUUGCAAAGUUAUGGCUCCCAAAUAUCAAGAAUUGUCCGAGAAGUAUCUUGAUGUUGUCUUUUUGAAACUUGAUUGCAACCAAGAAAACAAGCCCUUGGCAAAAGAGCUUGGAAUCAGAGUGGUUCCAACUUUUAAAAUUCUCAAGGACAGCAAGGUUGUAAAAGAAGUCACUGGGGCCAAAUUUGACGAUUUAGUCUUUGCCAUCGAGAGUGUUAGAUCGAGCUAAAAUAUCUAUCUGUAAAAAUAUGAUAGUGAGUAUUCAUACAAUUGUAAGUUGAAGGGAAGCUUAAGAAACCUAUCCUAAUUCACAGGAAGUGAUGCGGUUAGUAUUCAUGCUGUUUUAACCUCAUCCCAGUUCACAGGGAGUGAUAAUUAACGCUGCCCAUUCUUCCCUAGUUAAGAACUGCUCAUAAUGAUAUGUCAUGGCGUACUUCUUAUUUGCUAUUGAGAAUUCUGAUUCUGGUUUUGUGUA